AUGUCGAAAGGUCCCAACGAUGAAGGUCUGAUUUUCGAAACCUCCGAGGACGUGGAGGUUUUGCCGACAUUCGAUGCGUUGGGCUUGAAAGAGGACUUGCUUCGAGGCGUUUAUGCAUAUGGUUUCGAACGACCAUCUGCAGUGCAGCAGCGUGCCAUUCUUCCCAUCCUGAAGGGUCGAGAUGUCAUUGUACAAUCACAGAGUGGAACAGGACAGACUUGUGUCUUUUGCUUGGGCGCCCUGCAGAGUGUUGACACCACUUCCCGCGAGCCACAGGCACUCUUUUUGUCGCCAACGCGAGAGCUGGCAGAGCAGAGUCAGAAGGUCUGCUUGGCCCUAGGUGAUUACCUGAAUGUCCAAGUGCACGUGUGCAUUGGUGGCAAGCGCGUCUCAGAUGACAUCCACACCUUUGAAGCAGGUGUGCAGAUCGUUUCUGGAACUCCUGGCCGAGUCUUCCACAUGAUUCAGCAGCGGCAUUUCAGCACGCGCCAUAUCAAGAUGCUAGUGCUGGACGAAGCAGAUGAAAUGCUCAAUAGGGGAUUUAAGGAGCAGGUCUACGACAUCUACCGAUACCUGCCACCAUCCACUCAGGUUGUGCUUGUAUCUGCAACCAUGCCGCAUGAGGUUUUGGAGAUGACGCACAAGUUCAUGAAUAACCCUUUCCGCGUCCUGGUGAAGCGCGAUGAGUUGACGCUUGAAGGCAUCAAGCAGUUCUUCGUGGCAGUGGAGCGAGAACAGUGGAAGUUCGACACCUUGUGCGACUUGUACGAUACCCUCACCAUCACACAGGCGGUGAUUUUCUGCAACACCAAGCAGAAGGUGGACUGGUUGACCCAAAAGAUGCGCGACGCCAACUUCACAGUGGCAUCCAUCCACGGUGACAUGCCUCAAAAGGAGCGCGAUGCCAUCAUGCAGCAGUUCCGCUCCGGCACCAGCCGCGUGUUGAUCUCCACCGAUCUGUGGGGCCGCGGGUUGGAUGUGCAGCAGGUGUCGCUGGUGAUUUGCUACGACCUGCCCAAUAACCGAGAGCUCUACAUCCACCGCAUCGGCCGCAGUGGCCGUUUCGGACGAAAGGGCGUGGCCAUCAACUUCGUGAAGAAUGAUGACAUCCGUAUCCUCCGUGAUAUUGAGCAGUUCUACUCCACUCAGAUUGAUGAGAUGCCCAUGAAUGUGGCCGACCUCAUCUAA